AUGACGACCCCGGAGAAAGAGCUUCCUCAAUUCGAAUUUGACCCUGCAAGCAAAAGAGUCUCAGAUGAUGAAAGUACGGCGGUUGAAAAUGAGAGGCAUGACGGGUCUGUCGAUAGUCAACUCCUGCACGACCGGUUGAAGGUGGAAACUCUACGUCGAGAUACGGAUGGACGUUUUGAGGAGCCUCGAUCUCCGUCUAAGACACGAGAAGAGGCACACCGUCUUGAGGAUGAGUUGGCUGUACAGAGAGCUGAAAGACUCACCUCGAGAGAAACUCGUCAAUCCGAUGGGCGGCAUUCGACAGAUCUUCACCGUUCGCGGUCACGGGCCCCAGAGCCAUUGGACGAAUUCGAUACAGCUACCAAUCCGAUCCACGAACGCACUGCCAUCUACAAGCCGCCUGAGAAUCCGAGUACCAAGAUCUCCAAGUUUUUCAAGUACAUUCACCACAAGAGCUUUGUCAUACGCUAUUUUACAUACAUCGUCCCGGUCUUCGCGUUGCUCUUAAUACCGAUAUUGGUUGGGGCGUUCCUCCCAGCGGCAGAACAUGCCAGCGUUGGGGGCGUUGAGCUCAUAUGGUUCGGAGUGUGGCUCGAGAUUAUCUGGUUGACUCUUUGGGCUGGCCGGAUCGUGGCUCGAAUGAUCCCAUAUCCUCUAGGCUUGAUUUCGAGCCUGUUCACCAACAAUUCCAAAAAAUGGCGGGACUUGGGUAAAGCUCUGGAGCUACCCGCGACCAUCUUCUUCUGGUGGCUUGGUAUAGAGAUCUCGUUCUUGCCUACCAUGACUAACCAUCAUGUGGACAACACCAAGGCGACCAAGGAAUGGGAAAGGACCCUCAACAAGGUCAUCAUCUCCAUCUUUGUUGGUGCUACCGUCAACUUCAUCGAGAAAAUUAUCAUACAGCUGAUCGCCAUAUCUUUCCACCUACGCACCUACGCCGACCGUAUUGAGAUCAAUAAGUUUCAGAUUGGGAGCUUGACGAAGCUGUACAUCUACUCCAAGGCCAAGAUCGCAAUGGAAGACGAGGAAUUCGAAGAGAAGAAUGUUGAACCUGGGUCUGGCACCAAAACACCCGCCGUCUACGCUGCCCAAGCUCAAGAAGCGAUCACCAAGGCCUUUGCCAAAGUGGGCGACGUCGCCGGCACGGUUGCUGGUGAUUUCACUGGGAAGAAGGUCGCCAAAAGUGGUCAUCCGUCCCAAGUCGUCCUGACAUUACUCCACUACACCAGUGGCUCUCAAGUGCUUGCCCGUCGUUUGUAUCGUACAUUCGUACGGGAAGGUGCAGAGACGGUCUCGUCGGACGAUCUCAAGCUCGCGUUUGACAACGAUGAGGAAGCCGAAGCAGCUUUCAGCAUGUUCGACAAGGAUAUGAACGGCGACAUCUCCAUGGAAGAACUGGAAGCGGUUUGUGUUGAAAUCGGCAGAGAACGCAAGUCAAUUACCGCCUCACUCAAAGACCUCGACUCUGUUGUCAGUAAACUUGACGAUGUCUUGUUCUUCAUCGUCUGCAUCGUCACUAUACUGGUCCUCGUCUCCUUGAUUUCAACGUCGGCAGCCGGAGUCCUUACCUCUGCUGGUUCUGCAGUUCUCGCUCUGUCUUGGCUGUUUUCCGCCACUGCGCAAGAGUUCUUGCAAUCGUGCAUUUUCGUCUUUGUCAAACACCCCUUUGACGUUGGAGACCGGGUCUCGAUCUACGGUAAUACUGGGUCCUCGUUGAAGGGGGACGACUACUUUGUUAAGGAGAUCUCACUGCUCUAUACCGAGUUCAAGAAGAUGGAAGGCCACAUUGUUCAGGCACCAAACUCUUAUCUCAACACCCUCUUCAUCCUCAACAUGCGCCGCUCUGGAGGUCUUGCCGAAGCAGUGCCUAUUGUCAUUAGAUUUGGCACCACGCUGGACCAGAUCGAAGCUCUGCGCAAUUCCCUGCUCGAAUUUGUCAGAUCGGAGAAGCGCGAGUAUCAGGGUAAUAUCCUGACUGAACUCCGAGAGGUAACUGAGGCGUACUCCCUGACUCUCAACGUGGUCUUCUUCUACAAAUCGAACUGGCAGAACGAACUGCUUCGUCUCCAGAGAAGGAAUAAAUUCAUAUGUGCUAUGAUGGUGGCCAUGCAAGAGAUCGGCAUUGAAGGUCCCCGCCGCAACCAAGCUGGUUGGAGACCAGACGUACCAUACUUUAUGCAAUUGCCUCCUGGGGCACCUCCUCUGGUUGGUGGCAAUGUGGCCAACGAUUCCAAUGGCGGUCACCCACCGGGCAACAUCACAGGCGAUCCGAUACAGCAAACACCCGCUGUUGGGGCACCACCGAUGCAAUAUCCUUCGAUUUUGCGACGGCGCCCGAGUACGGGUCAACUCGGUCGCCCAAGAGGUGAAUCUCUAUCAUCCAUGGCUAAGAGAGUGGACUUCUCCUUGGGAAUGAGGGAUGUCAGCUCCGGCGAGCAACUCUCGGAUGUCUACGAAGAUCGCGACCGUUCACCAUUCAGAGAGAUUAUCCAGGAAUCCAACAGGAUCGAAGACGAACGUCGAGUUUCCGAGUCACGAGAUCGGGAGGGCCCCGCUAGGUCCAGUUCUCGUGACGCGGGAAACACGAUGAGCGGUAUUCUACGCAGAUCAACUACACAAAGUUUUGGGGGUGGCAACAACCAUAGGGCAGCAUUAAGGGAGGGCGGACAGCAUCGGGCAUCUGUCAGCAGCACUGAUACCCAUCGCAACCGGUUUCUGAACCGUUUCAAUCGAGGCGGCCGCAGUAUGGAUCAACCCCGCGAUUCUCUUGCUGAAGAAGGUCAGGCGCCGCCUAUGCCACCAGUACCGCAGAACAUCGAUGCCAGAUCUGGGCAGGUCAGCUCCCAGGCGGUGCGCAAUGAUUCUAGUGCAUCUGGCGGCGAGAACGUGCCAUUCCCCGCAUUGGCGCCCGCGAGCAGCAGAGUUGAAGAUUUCGGGUUCAGGCCGUUAGGAGAGAGCUCCUCGAGCCAGCUGCGAUGA